AUAUAUAAAGCUAGAAUAAAAAUGGGUGGUCAGCUGACUAUUUGAACAAAUUAAUGGCUUGUUGUGUCUCAAAUACUGUAUUCUACCGGUGGAGAGGAAGCCCAAAAAAUUUAUUUGGAUGGAGCACAGGCAAAAAUAACGUUGAUGACAGGCCACAACCUAAGUACCAUGAUAUUGAUCUUCCCUUCCCACCUUCUCUGGUCUCCAAAACAUUUCUAAGUGGAAAGGAACUGAAAUGUUGUUAUAGAGCAAGCAUUGACGGAUUUAGUGCAGCUAACUUCCAUAACUUCUGUGACUUCAAGGGUCCUUGUGUAAUAAUAGGUUACACAAACGGGCCCUUCAAGUUUGGGGCAUUCAACCCAGAAGGUUACCGAAGCACAGAUGACUACUAUGACAGUUUUGAUGCAUUCCUCUUCUAUUGGCAAGAGGAUGGGAAUUCUGAUCCAAUUAUACUACCCAAAGUUGGAGGCAGUGGAGCAGCCCUUUUCGAUUAUGCUCGUGGGGGACCACAAUUUGGCGCUGAUGGGCUGCUCAUUGGCCCACCCCUAGCGCCUGUCAUGGGUGUGUUUACGGGGCCUGAUGCAAAUUCGGGCGUUGGUGAUCUAAGGCAAGCAAGAUCUAGGCUGGGGUUAUCCUAUGCUAAGAGGCCUGAUGGAAAGGAGUCUAUUUUUGGAGAGGAAUCUAAGGCAAGUCUUGAAGAGGUCCAAGUCUUCUGCAGUCCAGAUAUUGCGAGAUUAUACUAAUGUAUCAUACAUUAUGUGCUUUGUAAAGCAAGACAAUUAAUUGAUCAAUGAAAACAUUCUAGAGCUUUUUG